CAACGUCGCGACGGCACAUUCAUAAGAGAAACGCCGGCCGGCUUACGUACUCAUGUACAAUCAUCAAGUAUCUAAGAAAUACGCGAAACGUUAGCGGCAAAGUGUUUCCAAACGUACGAAUAUUGCGAAAGAACCUUCUCUCCUAGACAACGUGAUAAUCAAUUAUUCCGUUAUUAUUACAAAUCAGUAUUAAUACAUCGUUUCUUCGUACGAUUACCUACGGCUUUAAUCAUGUCUUCGGUAAUGUUCAGAGAGAGAGAGAGAGAGAGAGAGAGAGAGAGAGAGAGAGAGAGAGGGAGAGAGAGAGAGAGAGGACAGAUACAUUUUUCUAUUAAUUCGUCUAUAGAAAGAAUUGUUAUCGCAAACGUUGCAACGUUUUACCAUCUUUCGAUUGUAAAAAAUACAAACGCAAAAAAUCUCGUGCGAGUAAUCACGUGCCGUUCGUACGAAUCCACGUAGCAGUCAGGAUAAAUUCGAAAAUUUGUCAAAAUGCCAUCGAGACGUCUUUUAUGGUCACGGUCAAUUCGCGGACCGUUCUUCUAAGAAGAUUGGACUUUUUCCAACAUUCCAUACUGAUUAGGCUCGCUUACGUCGGAUGACAUUGCCACACAAUGCUUUUUCUCAUUUACAUUUUAUUCUUUUCGUUUCUAUUAUAAGUGAUUUCGUUGAAAUAUGAAAAAGCAAAUUUCAAAUCUUUCGAGAAAUCUUGAGAAAACAAUUGUUGUUAUCUAUGUUAAUACGAUAAAAAAAUGAUUCUGUUAUAUGUAAGAUAGAAAGUUACUACGUACCAUCGUGAUAAGCCGUUCAUCGAAGCCGUUUUUAUGCUUAGAAGCCCCCUAAGUAUCGUCCAACGACAUAGAUACUAUUUAUUAUUUUGUCCCUUCUAUUGCGUUCAGUCAUGUUUGAGCAUUGUUAUCGUCGACCGCUUGUAACGAUAUUCUUAUUCAUUUCGCGCUUAACGAUUAACAAAUCGAUUAAUAAUAUUCGUAUUUUCAUUGUUAACCAAAGUUUCGAUCAAGAAAAGUCUCCGAAUUAAUUUUCAUUUCUUUUCUCUCUCUCUCUCUCUCUCUCUCUCUCUCUCUCUUUCUCUCUCUUUGCAAUCGGGCUUUAGGAAUCCUUGGGGGCCAAAGUAGCCAUGUUCGACCAAUACGCAAACAAGCACAAAGACGCACAGAAGAAAAAUCCAUUUACGUCCGGCUUGAAUAUCGAAAAGCCAAAAUUCUCGAAAGAGGAAUACGGCAGACCAGCCGCGGGAUCUCUUUCCGACAUACGCGGUCGCAAAGCUAACGCGCAUAUUCUACGAGAAAUUUUAGAGCUGUGCAAUAUCAUUUAUCAAAAUGGUACGCCAUGUAGCGACCAACCAGAUAUCACCGGCAUCACGUUCGGCGAUCUCUUCAACAUUUACACUCACAUAAGCGACAAAUGCGUGGGUCUUCUUUUAAGAGCCAGAAAACAGGGUCUGAUUAAAUUCGAGGGAGAAUGCCUUUUCCAGAGAAGGGACGACGACGUGCCAAUAUUCCUAGUGAAACCGAUCGUCGAGAUACGCGAGGACUUCAACAGGCGGCUUCAAGAAAUCACCAAAGAUAUACCGAUCAGUUAAUGCACGGUUACCACCCUUUACGAAUUUCUACGCGGUGCCUUAAAUCGAUGCCUUCCAUCGGUUCCUUCCCUAUCGGAGAAUUUACUAUUCUAUUGUGCCGUUGUAUUUAUUAUAUCUGUAACAUUAUUCAGGACGUAACAGAAUGUGAAUGACCAGUAUGUGAGAUGUGCGUGAGUGCGAUUCGAUGUAAAUAUUUUGCGAUAAACUCGAUUCGUUUAAUGUGAUAUUACACGCCUAAA